GGGGCUUGGCUUUGGGAGGAGAUGUAUGUGCGCAUUGGCGCACUUCUCCUCCCUUGCUUCACCAUUGAGUACUGGGGGCUUGGCUUUGGGAGUGGGAGGAGAUGUAUGUGUGCAUUGGCGCACUUCUCCUCCCUUGCUUCACCAUUGAGUACUGGGGGCUUGGCUUUGGGAGGAGAUGUAUGUGUGCAUUGGCGCACUUCUCCUCCCUUCUUUUAUCAUUGAGUACUGGGGGCUUGGCUUGGGGAGGAUUCAGUGUCCACAUUGGUGCGCCCCUCCUUCAACCACCAUUGCGCUUGGGAGGUUUAAGUGUCCACAUUGGUGCGCCUCCUCCCGCCAUCCUUGUGUUGUAUUUUCUCUGGAGGGAUGACAACCGCUCCACCAUAAGGUAACUUGUAUCGUUACCUCUGACCAAAUGCUGAUGGCAGCUUACAGAUAUGUUUCUUUUGGCUUGUUCAGACAUUCAAAGAUUAUGUUAUUUAGUUAGCUAUAUUUUUCUCGC